CCCUUGCUUUAACUUUAAAAAAAAAAAAUUCUCGUUUUGUUUUAGGAGAUGCCGAAUGAAGAUGAACCAAACACCGUUGACCUAAUGAAUAGCAUAAACUUGAUGGAGUUUUCUGAUGAGAUCCUUUUGCACAUCCUGAGUUAUAUCCCCAGUACAGACUUGAUUUUAAAUGUUAGGAAAACCUGCAGGAAGUUGGCAGCUCUUUGUCUUGACAAAAGUCUCACUCAUACGGUGCUGCUUCAUAGAGAUUAUCAGGCCAGUGAAGAUAAAGUGAAACAACUGGUGAGGGAGAUUGGGAAAGAGAUUCACCAGCUGAACAUGGCUGGCUGCUACUGGCUGUCUGGUUCCACAAUUGAGCAUGUGACCCGCUGCAGGAAUCUAGUGAAAGUGAACUUGUCAGGCUGCCAUCUUACUUCUAUCCGACUCUCUAAGAUGCUGUCAGCCCUCCAGCAUUUGCGCUCUUUGGCCAUCGAUGUCAACCCGGGGUUUGAUGCCAGCCAGUUGAGCAGUGAAUGUAAAGCCACUCUCAGCCGGGUGUUAGAGCUGAAACAGACCCUAUAUACGCCAUCAUAUGGGGUGGUACCUUGCUGUACCAGUCUUGAAAAACUGCUGCUUUAUUUUGAAAUUCUAGACCGCACCCGGGAAGGAGCGAUUCUUUCAGGCCAGCUAAUGGUGGGCCAGAGCAAUGUUCCCCACUACCAGAAUCUUCGUGUGUUUUAUGCUAGAUUGGCCCCUGGCUACAUCAACCAGGAGGUAGUGAGGCUGUAUUUGGCCGUGCUCAGUGAUCGAACCCCUGAAAAUCUUCAUGCCUUUCUCAUUUCAGUUCCGGGCAGCUUUGCAGAGAGUGGAGCCACCAAAAACCUUCUGGACUCCAUGGCUCGCAAUGUCUCCUUGGAUGCAUUGCAGCUCCCCAAAUCCUGGCUUAACGGCUCCUCGCUCCUUCAGAAUAUGAAGUUCAACAACCCGUUUUACUUCAGUUUUAGCCGCUGCACUUUGUCUGGAGGCCACCUGAUUCAGAGAGUAAUUAAUGGGGGGAAGGACCUCAAAAGCUUGGCCAGCUUGAACCUCAGUGGUUGCAUUCAUUGUCUGUCUCCAGAUUCGUUAUUUCGAAAAGCAGAGGAUGAUAUUGAUAGCAGCAUCCUGGAAACAUUGGUUAUGUCCUGCUGCAAUCUGAAACACUUAAAUCUUUCUGCCGCACACCAUCACAGCUCUGAGGAUUUGGGGAAGCAUUUGUGUCAGCUCCUAGCUCAGCUCCAACACCUCCGUUCUUUAUCCCUGCCGGUCUGCUCCAUUGCGGACUCUGCCCCAAAGGCAGAUAAAACACCCACACAGAUGGUGACUAAUGCAGUGCCCCGAGGAUUUGGAAAGAAAGUCCGAAUUGGAGUGCAGACAUAUCCCAGGUCCAUGUCUUCCGAUUCAGUGACUCAGAGGCCAUCCUCUGUUUUCUGGACUCUUCUGGAGAAUGUGCCGUUUUUGGAAACCCUGGAGUUAAUUGGGUCCAAUUUUUCUUCUGCCAUGCCCCGGAAUGAGCCUGCCAUUCGAAACUCACUACCCCCCUGCAGCCGUGCACAGAACGUUGGGGAUGCCGAGGUGGCUGCCAUUGGCCAGCUGGCAUUUUUACGGAAUUUGACACUGGCCCAGCUGCCCAGCAUUCUUACAGGCUCUGGGCUCAUUAGCAUUGGGUUGCAGUGCCAGCAACUGCAGACACUAUCAUUGGCCAAUCUGGGCAUGUUGGGAAAAGUGGUCUACACGUCUGCCCUCUCUGAUAUGCUAAAGCACUGCAAACAGCUAAAAGAUCUCAGACUAGAGCAGCCCUACUUCAGUGCGAAUGCUCAGUUCUUCCAGGCUCUGAGUCAUUGCUCUUCCCUUCAGCGCCUCUGUAUCAUCUCCCGAAGUGGUACUCUGCAGUCAGAUGCUGUGAUGUCAUUCAUGGGCAGCUGCCUUGGGCUCAUCAUGUGCCACAUGUUUACAGGAGAGUCCCUCACCGCCUGCAAGAAUCUUCAGCAGUCUAUUGUUCGAAGUUUCCAGGCGGAGCGUCCUGCACUAAAUGUCGUCAUUUUCCCCCUGCUUCACGAGGGCUUGACUGAUGUCAUCAGAGAUGUUCCCAUGAUGCACCUGGAUGAAAUUACCUUGUUCAAAAGCAGAGUGGCUGAGGAACCACCGAACCUGUGGUGGUGAUGGCUCUAUCAGGAAAUGGGAUGGUCUGCAUCAACAGGUGAAAUCAUUUUCCUUAGCCUGAACUUUAUCUUCCUCAUCCCUCACCAACUUCUUCAGCUUACAGCUGCCUUAUCGGAUGCUUUAGAAUCACUUCAGUCCUAUUCCACCACAAGGCCAGAGGCGACCGGACAUUUCCAUGGGCACGUGAAUGUUGUCAUUGGUUAUUCUGCUGCUGCUUGUGCUCUCCAGUACUCUACUGAGAAGCCCCAUCGGAGUGGUUUGGCUGUUUCCUUGUGGUUGAUAUCAGUUCUUUGGUUUGUAAUGUAAAAGGGAAGAAAAUAUUCUCUCUUCAUCCCACUACAUUCCACUCAAUAUGUUUCACUAGGGCUUUCUGUAUGUGCUUAGCAGUACAUUUUGUAACCUUUCUUCUUUUAGACACUUUCUUUGUGACUACUUGUUGCUUUGGUGAGAUUUAUAUUGAGAGUUAAAUGUUAACAAGAUUACACGAGGAGAGUGAAGUGGGCAGCCUUAAAAGGGGAGGACGAAUUUAGGUGAAAUAGAUGUGGCGCUUGGUACCCAGGCAUGAGGUACCAUGUGUGUACUUGCACAUGAAAAAAUAUAU